UAUUAAAUGAGUAGUGUUAUACAAUUAAACUCAAUCUCUAUAAAAAAUGAGACUAAUUGUGGAUAUUGCAAUAGAGCUAAAUCAAACAAAUUAUGGGUAACAUCUGGAUUUUAUUGUUAUAAAAUGAAGGUUGAUGAAUAUUAAUAAUUAUUGGAUAGGGGAUGGAGAAGAUGUGGAGUUUAUUAUUAUAAGCCAUCUCUUUCUUAAAGUUGCUGUUAAGCUUAUGCACUUAGAGUUGUAGCUUCAAAGUUUUAAAUGAGAAUAACUCAUGAAAAGGUUUUGAAACGGAUUAGAAGAAUUUAACCUAUUAAUAUUGAUUAAGGAAAUGUUCCAUUACAAAAAGAAUAAAAAGAAAAAAUAUAAAAUGAUUCUUUUACAGAUUUAAUUAAGUAGAAAAUUCAAACUGAUUUGGAUUUAAGUGAUUUAAUUAUCUUACCAAAAGUUGGUUAGCAUUAUACUUUUAAAAGCAUAUAAUAUAAAGAAGAAGAACACAUCAAAUAUUUUAAAUCUAUUAUCAUGAAAAGUUUAUCUAAAAUUACAGAAUUAUAGUUAAAACAAAUUUUUGAUAUUUAAAAUGAAAACCAUUCAAACUUACUUUAUUAAACUUUUAUAAAUUCAAUUUCAGAUCUUUAAAUUUAUGAAAUUUUAUUAAUUAAAGGCUACUCUAAUAAAGUAGAGAGUGAUUGGGUUUUUGGAUGCAAUCUAAUUCCCUAUUUUUAUUCUAAAUUUACAAUUAUUUUCAAAAAUUUAAAUUUAUAAAUCUAGAAACUUGAAGAAAGCAAUAAAUACAUAGAAUUAAUUUAAAAUAAUUUAUAAAAUCUUGAUUUUGAAUUUAAAAUAUCAGAUCAAGAUCAUUAAAUAUUAAUUAAGACACCUUAAACUUUAAAAGAGAAAAUAUUAAAAUCUACUAUUUUAUCUUUACUUUAGAAAUAAGAUUUGCAAUCGAAUUAACCAUAGGAGAAAAAACAAAAGUAAUAUCAUCAAAUUACAAUUAAAUGGGUGAAAGCAUAAUUCUAAGAGGAUAGUUUUGAAGUUUAUAAAAAAUAUUAAAAGUCUGUUCAUGAUAAAGAAAGAGUAAGUAAAAUGAGUUAUAUAAAUUUUGUAUGUGUAGAUGCUCUUGAUAGUUAAGAAUUGGGAUGUUGGCAUAUGAAAUAUUAUUUAGAAAAUUAAUUGAUAGCAGUAGGUGUCGUAGAUCUUUUACCUUAAUCAGUAUCAUCAGUUUAUUUUUUUUAUGAUCCUAAUUAUAAAAAGUAUUCUUUAGGAGUCUAUGGCGUUUUAUAAGAGAUAGAAUAUGUAUAAAAAAAGUAAGUAAUAAAUCCAUCUUUAUAAUACUACUAUAUGGGAUUUUAUAUAAUGGAUAGUAAAAAGAUGGCUUAUAAAGCAGAAUACACUCCUUGUGAAUUAUUGUGUCCAAGAACUUAUAGAUGGAUUACAUUUACAUUGCAAAUAAAAGAGAAAAUAGAAUCAAUUACUUAGUACGCAUAAGAUGUGAGAUUAGCAGAUGAAAGGGAUAAGGAACAUGGAUACAGUAUUAAUUUAGAUGGUUCUACAAUUGAUGAUAUGAACUUUUAAGGUAUUGAUAUUGAGAAUUUUAUAUAAUAAACUGUUAAGAUAUCUUAAACAGGAAAAUAGUUCACAAUUUCAUAACUUAAGAAAAAUUAUUAACAAUAUUUCAUGAACUUAUUUUAAGACUUUCUUAAAAAAGUUGGCAAAGGAUUGAUGAAAGAGUUUUUAUUUGCAGUUAAUUGA